AACGGGACAUUAGACAAGGUUAGACAUUUGUUACUAAAAGUUAACCUCGAGUGGCAUAACUUGAAGUAUUGCAGGAAUAUUACAGUUAUGGCAGCAUGAGUCAGACUGCCUGCAAAGCAAUUAGUUUUAUCAGUUUGGUUUGCAUGUUCAACUGGUGUGUUCAGUAGUUGGUGUCCAUUAGAAUUUGAGGUGUUAUAUCUGUGUGCUAGGAAUGACAGUGUAUGGAUAGCUGACGUAUGACAUGUAUGGAAUCUUGUUGUUGGCUUGUAAAUAUAGAUUAAUUGUCAAGAAUUCUUCAAGGUUUUACCAGGCUUGCUGAUGAUGUGACGUCAGGAUGAAGAUGGGUUUUACUGUACGUAACCCGGUGUUGUCAUGUCUCCUAACAAUAAUUCUUAUGUGGAUUAAAGGAAUUAGUGCACAGAGUAAUGCAUGGACUUUAAAUAAUCCAAGUGUAUCGUAUAUUGGAUUUUCACCGCAAUAUUCAACAGGACAAAAUCAGCAUUUACAACUGAAAUUUCGAACUCGACAAUCAAACGGUUUAUUAUUCCAUCAUCACUUUCAGGAAUAUAACAAAGAUGAAUUUCCGUUAUUGUAUCAUUAUCAAUUAUAUGCCGAAUUAAGACAAGGAUAUCUUCGUGUCGGACAUCAGGUUAAUCAGUAUUCACAAUUAGCAACGUUAGGACAAGGUUUGAAUGAUGAUAAAUGGCAUACAUUUAAUUGGUUUCUAGAUUCCAAAGAUGGUUUAAUGAUUGUUUCUGUAGAUGACCUGUCAACUAAUAUAACACUAGAGGCAUUUGGCUGGGGACAAGGCAGAGAAAUUCUACAAUGGUCUCUUCUACCUUCAACUAUAUCUUACGGAGCAACCAAUGCUUCCAACUCUCAGGAAUUUUUUCAUUUUAUUGGCUGUUUGUCGGAUAUGAAAUAUGAAAGAGAAGACAGUAUUUUAAUAGAUAUCCCUAUUCAAACUAUCGCAGGAAUAACACGUGGUUGUAAUGAUUUGUGUGCCGACAAUAAUCAGUGUCAAAAUGGCGGCAGAUGUAUUAAUAUGUACACUCGAACUAAAUGUGAUUGUUUUGGAACUAAUUAUGAAGGAAAUAGAUGUGAUACCAAAGGUCCAACAUCAAUGACAUUCCGAGGCUAUGAGUGGAUACAGUACAAAUUAUACGACAAAAAGGAAGAUCGUCUUUUCUCAGAUAACAAUAGAAUCUCAUUAGAAUUCAAGACUGGUAGAGGAUCAGGAGUUUUAUUAUAUGCUGUAGGAGGUACACCUUAUCACACCCAUGUUACAGCUUCUAUACAUGGUGGUAAAUUACACACGUCAAUAUCAUUUGGUGAUCAUGUCAGUGAUCUUGAGUUUAAUAUGGGACUUGGUCUUGAUGAUAACAGAUGGCAUAACUUAACAAUAGUUCAUAUAAAGAGAUCUAUGUAUGUGUAUCUAAAUGGUAAAGUGGAGGAACAACAAGUCACAUCAGAUCAGUAUUUUCUCAGUCUUGAUCCAAAUGUCUACAUUGGUGGCGGCCAUAACUUUGUAGAAACUAGAGGAUUACAGAUAACCCAGAGUUUUGUUGGCUGUUUACGCAAUGUUUAUUUUAAUGAUGUGUCUGUACUCUAUAAUCUGAAGAGUGGCAAGAAGAAUUGCGAAUAUCAGGGCGGUAGAUCGGCACAAUAUGGCUGUGAUCCAAUACAAGAAAUCCCCAUCACGUUUCCAAUGGCUGGCUCUAUGUUACGUUGGGAUGUACCAAAGAAUGACAAUCUGUCUGUGUCAUUCCGUUUUCGUACGGUUAGGGAAAUGGCCAUAUUGUUUAGUGUUGAAUUAUUGGCUCGAGAUGGGUUUGGCGGCUAUGAAUAUGGAUAUUUGGAGGUCUGGGUCAAAGAGGGUAAACCAUUCCUGUCAUUUGUACCAUCGACCAGAAAUCGAAAGGGCUUCCGUGAAAAUCAAUCUAUACCUGCUAUAGUCAACAACUCCCAGUGGCACACAUUAAAUCUAACAUUACAUUCAAGGACUUAUCAAGAUAUUGACAAGAGAACUAAACAAACCUUUCAAGCUAAAUUGAAAGUAGACCAGUCUUCUAUAAGAACAAAUGUGUACAGAAAACCUUUAGAACAUCGGGGAAAAUUGAUAUUUGGUUUCGGUCUGAGAGGAUACAAGAGAACUGAUGGAUUUGUAGGCUGUAUAGAAGGUUUGGUUGUACAAGGAAUCAAAAUUGAUCCUAUAAAGAUAACAGAAACAGAAGCAGCAGUUGGAUUAAGAUUAGAUGGUUGUAAUUUAAAAGAUUAUUGUAGUAAUAAUAAUAUAUGUGAACAUGAUAGUAUCUGUCUGUCUGAUUGGAAUGGUGUACAGUGUGAUUGUUCUGAACAUUAUGAAGGAAAAGCUUGCCAUUUUCCUAAAUAUCCGAAGACAUGUGAUGAUUAUUUUCAAUCUGGUCGUAAUGUAUCUGGUGUAUAUAUAGUUGAUUUAGAUGGUAGUGGUCCACUCGAACCUACAUAUGUGCAUUGUGAAAUGGGUGAGGUACAUGAUGAUAAUGAAUAUGGUGAAACGGUUAUAGAACAUAAUUUUCAAGCUAAUACCACAAUACGAAAGAAUGAUUAUGCUGAUAGACAGUAUCAUUUAUUAUACAGAGGUAUGUCAACAGGUCAGUUAUCAGCACUAACAACAGAUUCUGCUGCUUGUAAACAACAAGUUCAAUAUUAUUGUUAUCAGUCUCCACUUCGACUAGGAAAGAGGACAUGGUUUAAAGCAGCCAAUGGAGAGAUAGUAGAUUAUAUAGGAUCAGACAGAGCUGGUUUCUGUGACUGUGAUCAACAAGAUAUGUGUCAAGGUGAAAGAUGUUACUGUGAUCAUGGAAAAGAUGUAUGGAAGCAAGAUGAAGGAUUUAAUACAAUAAAGAAACAAUUACCAUUGACAGAAGUUACUGUACUACAAAACACCCAGGGUGAAGGAAAAUUAUCUAUAGGACCAUUAAAAUGCUGGGGAAGUGUACAUGUACCGUUAGAUAAAUCUAUAACAUUUAUAAAAAGUUCAAGUUAUAUUAUGUUACAUUCAUGGAAGAAAGGUGAUUUACGUAUUAAUAUUAAAACAGACCAGACUAAUGCCUUGAUACUUUAUCAAACACCUGGAAAAGGGAAUAGUAACAGUUUCUACAUUAAAAUAAUAUCAGCUAAUGAAGUACAGUUUCGAUUUAAAAUUGGUGGAAAGAUUAUCUUAGAGACAUUAUAUACACCAAAACCAUUAGAUAUAGGAGAUUGGCAUACUAUAAUUGUUGAACAUGAUAAAUACAAUUUACGAUUAGCUGUAGACCAGAAACGUCUUAUCUUUAAUCUCAAAUCAGAUAUUACAAAACUCAUUGAUUUCUCUGAUGGAAUAUUAUAUAUUGGUGGACUACCAGAUGGGAUAGCAUCUGAGUUAGGCGAGACUAGUCCUGGUUUAACUGGUUGUGUUAGGGGUUUUGUGUAUAAUAAUAAAGUUAAAGAUUUAACACGUCUAAUAGAUAGUUCUAUGACUGGAGUAACAUCUGAUUGUAUGUCAUCUUGUUGGCCUAAUCCAUGUAAGAAUGGUGGAGUUUGUGAGGAACGAUGGGGGUCGUAUAAUUGUGUCUGUGCCAAUAAAUGGGUUCAUUAUGGUGAAAACUGUGAAAGAGAUAUCAAUUUAGAUGCUGUGACAUUUUCUGGUGAAGAAACUGGAUAUCUGAGAUUAGAUAUGACAGAAUAUCCACAAGUUUUAGAUCAAACUAUUAUAUUUAGUUUCCGUACAUUUCAACAAGAUGCCCUGCUACUCUAUGCUCAUGAUCAUAUGAAUAAUUUUAUGCAAGUUGAACUACAGCAAGGAACAACCAUAACUGUUAGUUAUAAUAACUUUAACCAAGUCAUUAGAGAAAACAUCAAAUUUGAUGGUCGACGACGGGAAGACAGAUUAAAUGAUGGUAAAUGGAAACAAGUUAUAGCUCAGAUAGUGGAUGGCAAUACUGAACUUAUAGUAGAGGACAAAUCUACUCUCAUUUAUUUUAAACGAAUAAAAUUACAGAAGUAUUCUACAAUUCCUUAUAAACAAAGUCCAGUACCAGAAUCUGUAUUUUUACAUCGUCCACCAGAACAGCCAGAUCCAUUUGUUCAUCUAUAUAUUGGUGGUGUACCAAAGAUGGCAACAACUCUUCCAACAAUUAAAGGAUGUAUGAGAGGGUUAAAGAUAGGAGAUCGUAUAGUCAGUCUUAAAGAUAAAGCAUUGUUAGAUAAAUCUGGUGAAUUAACACCAGCAUGUGAAACUGGUUGUAUAAAGGAUAGAUGUUUAAAUGGUGGAUAUUGUACAGAAGAAUGGAAGUCAGGAGAAUAUACAUGCGAUUGUGGUGAAACAGAUUAUUCUGGUCAACAAUGUCAAAUAGAACCAUCUGCUAAAUUUGAUGGAGAUAGUGUCUUAGAACAUAAGUUUUUAUUGCCAUCAACUAGUCAGAGAAGUUUAUCAGAACAAUUGUCUUUUAUGUUCACAACUAAUGGUACUAAAGCUAAAUCAGAAGAUGGCGAUAUACUUCAAAUGGCUAUGAUAUAUGUCAGAAGUUCUAAGAAUAAAGAUUAUAUUUUAGCUAAAAUGGACUAUGAUGGAUCAGUUAUUAUAGAAACUAAACAAGAAAUUGGUAUAUAUCGAAUGAAAGUACCUCAGAAUUUUGCAAAUGGCAAACCUCAUGAGUUAAAAUACAGAAGAGAUGGUACCGAUAUGUAUGUUACUGUUACCCCAUAUACUGAUAAAGGAUUACCUAUUUUAGAUGGUAUACAAGAAGCUACAAUGAAUUAUCCAGCAUUUGAUUUAGAUGAGAUAGAUAUGAUAUAUGUUGGUGGUGUUAUAGGAGAAAAUGAUGAUUUAUAUAAUCUAGUUAACUUUACAGGAUGUGUCUCUAAUGUAGUGUAUGUACCAUCUAAGACAUCAUUAGAACGGAUUAGAACAUUAAAAGAUCUAUAUAAUGGUGGAGCUGAUAUUACAAGUUUUGGCAAAAAUAUCACAUCAUGUUCUGCAAAACAGUUAACAGCUAGCAGAAUACAAAAUACACCCAAAACAACUGAUAAUGAAUUUGAUGACUAUGAGAUGGUAACAAUGCCAGCAUGGAAUGUGAGAUCAGCAGUUGCUGUUAUAAUAGGUUUACCCGUGGUACCAGUUGUUAUAAUAACCACACCAUCUCUAGUCAUACCAGCCAAUAAUACACUUACAUUAAUACAUAGUAAUACUGUUGAUAGUCUUACAAUAGUGAUUGCAGUGUCUAUUAUAGCAUCUUCAAUAAUCCUAGCCAUAAUAAUAGCUUUUCUGCUCAUCCGACGUCGUAAAAGAAUGAGAGAAUAUGAUAUUAAAAAAGAGAAAAUGUUUGAUGCAGAUUAUGAUGUUAAAGUACCAUUAAAUCAUGUUGAUCCACCAAUACCUACUGAUCAUUUGGCUAAACUAGAUGAGUUUAGUAUGGUGUCGGCUACAUUAGGUCCAAGAAUGAGAAAUCAUGUUUCAGCUGACCCGAUUAAUAGAAAUAGUCAUGGUAGUUUUCCAAUGAUAGAUGAUGAAACAGCAUUUAAUAAUACGAUUUACAACAAGCGUAAAAAUCGUCCAGCUUCAUCAAUAUCAGAAGUUUUAGAAGAGUUGGAGAGAAGACAAAAAACGAAAGAGGAAGUUAAAAAUGAAAGCGAGGAUGUUUGUAAAACAGAUAUAGAUUUAAAUCGGGCACAUGGGGAGGGGGAAUUAGAAUGGGAUCCGCAAGUAGAUAAAGCACCUUUAACUUAUGGUGAAAUCACUUUUUUCGACACCCCUCUUUUGUUGAGUAUCCCUGAUAAUCUGGAAGAAUUAGAAAUGUCGGCUAGUUCAUCAAUAGUCAGUUUAGAGAAAAAGGAGGAAGAUCUGGCAACAGAAGAUUCCGGAAAUCCAAACAGUAAUGGUGAAUAUAAUGGUGAUAGUGGGUACGAGGCGGAGUCACGUCCGGAAGGAAUGGAAGAUGAGGCUACUCCAGAUACGACUAUAGACGAUUCUCCGCAAAAAAUGUACAUGUACGAUAUAUCUGGAGUAGAUUUACAAGCUUCACCUAAUCUCUCCGUUCAUCAAAAACUUCUACCAGCCGAGCCUAAUGUGUAAAAAUAUUGUAUAAAUGUAGAAGAAAUAUUUCUUUCAUCUGUGUUCAAUUCAACGGUGUUUUGUGAUCAUAUAAUAUGUAGAAUUACAUCUGUCAUAUAGUUGAAUUUCUUCCAUUCUAUUUAUAGAUCCGAGUUGAUAUGUGAAUCAAUAAUGUAGAAAUUGCUCUAUUCAUUCAUUUUAAUUUGAAACAUUGCUCUUGAAUAUUCAUGGCAGGGUUGUUUUAUUUUUCUUUGUUAAUUAAUCGUAGCUUUGUUUUGUAUUAUAUUGUGAUUGAGCAGGGUUUCUAGAUACAGUCUUAAAGAAACCUAUAAAUUAUAUAUCAUUAUUUAUGAUGUACCUACAUAUUUAUUCUAGUGCUUUGUAAUGUGUAGCUAAACUGAACUAUUGAAAAUGUUUUUAUCAGUAUUAUUUGUUCAUUCUGUCUUGUCUGUAAGCUCAUCAAUUUAUUUUCCUGGUUGAUUUGUCAUUUCAUGAUAAUAAUCAUGGAAACCAAUUUUGUCAUAUUAUAUUAAGGAAGUGUUUACUAGAGAUAUAUCUGAAAGCUUAAUUUCUUUUUUUCUUCAGUAUUACAUCAUGUACUCUUCUUGAAUGUGUGAUACAGUGAUUUGUAUCUGUGCUAUUCUAGGAAUCGUGUGUUCAUCGAAACCCUGCCCAAUUAAAUAUUUUUAUAUUAUGAUAUAGAAUUAUAUCUUUUAUUGUUAUUAUUUAUUUACAAAUGUAAAUAUUUGUUUGUUUAUCUUCAGUGCUGCCUGUUUAUUAUUUUAAUACAUUUUAAGAUGAGUGCUACUCAUAACUUCAAGAUAAAGAAUAAAAUUAAACUAAGUGCAUGUAAAUCGAUAAACAUUCAACAUUCCAUUACAAUUAUGUUGUGAAUUGUGAUUUAUUGUAAAUGCAAGUCAUAAUUUGCUAACUCAUUCAUGUACUGGUACAUAAGGUUCAAAUUUAAAUCAAAGCUUAAAGUUGCAUUAUGUAAGGGCUAAAUCAGCCCAUUGCAGAUCUUUUUUGGCUUUAAAUGAUAUAUAAAUUAUUAUUUAGACAUUUAUUCAAAUGACAAGCCUAUAAUCAACUCUCUAGACCAUCAGAUGAUGGAUACUUAAAUGGAUUAAAACAAAGUUGCAAUUUAAUGAUUUAAUUUAAAAGUGGCAAAGUGAGGUUAAAGCUCGAAUAACAAGUAUCACUGUUACGAUAAUGAACAAUCUUUGCCACAUCUGGUCAAACUUCAAACAGUAAAAUCAUAUUUCCAUCAGUAUAUGUAGGAAUGCACAGUGUCAGGACAUUUUUUUUCUUUGCUGGUUAUGUGUGCUAUUAGUACAAGUCUAACUGCAGUAUAUACUAGUCAAGUGCCUUCAUUUCAUUAUCAGUCACUCUGGCUUUUCUUCGUAAUCACUUAAAUUUUCAUUUGAUAACUCUAUCUUGCCGAAAAUUAUCAUUAACAAUAAAAAAAAAAAUGUAAUUUAAAUAUCUAUAUUGAAGCAAGCAAAAUUAAUCUUUUUUUUAUUUUUUAUUGUCACAUUUCAUUGGAAAAACAGCUCCAUGGUCGAAUCUUUCAUUUUUGACCUAUUUAAUUAUUUCAAUAAAAAGAAAUGGCACAUGAUUCAUGUAAACAUAAAUUUCCACAUCACCAGUUAAUAUUAUUAAUUAUUCUCUUUCAUGUUUCUUUAACAAAACAGUAUUUGUAUAAAGGAAACCCAGAAAGUGAAUAUGAAAACUUCAUUAUUUAUUGUAAAUAGACAUCAUUGUAUAAUAAGUUCAUAUUAUCAUGUGAUUUGAUGUUACUGUGUGUUAAGUUUGUAUAAAUACUGGUAUUUCAUCAUCUCAAUUUCACUGUACUUGACAUGCUUUAUGAAUAUAUGACAUCUACCUUGUAAUUAUAUAAUUAAAUGUACAAAAUUUAAUCAACCUAAUUGCAUUAAAAUUAAAAACGGCAAUCAAAAAACCUAGUUGUGUUUUUUUUCCCUUAAAUUUAUUAUGAACUUAAAAUAUUUUUUAUUGGUUGAUUUAUAUGAAAUAAAAUGUAAAAAUAUU